CCUGUUCUCAUUAAUUUUCCCUCUCAUUCUCACCCUCAGUAUCUCUCCCACUCUCACUGUCGCUACCAUCUGUGAGUCAUUCCUAUUCUUUUUAAAAAAAAAUUUUAAAGGCACUCGCCGCCACGACUGAGCGAAUUCGCUUGAAUUCUCCUGCCGGAUCUGAACCCUACUUUCCCGUGAAACAAACAUAAACUUCACGAGAAAAAAAAAAAAAAUAUAUGCCGAGAGAAAUCAUCACGCUUCAGGUCGGACAAUGUGGGAACCAGAUCGGCAUGGAGUUCUGGAAGCAGCUCUGCCUCGAGCACGGCAUCAGCAAAGAAGGCAUCCUCGAAGACUUCGCCACUCAGGGAGGUGAUCGGAAAGAUGUGUUUUUCUAUCAAGCUGAUGAUCAGCACUACAUACCUCGAGCUCUGUUGAUAGACUUGGAGCCAAGAGUUAUCAAUGGCAUUCAGAACAGUGACUACCGAAAUCUCUACAAUCAUGAAAACAUUUUUGUAUCAGAUCAUGGAGGAGGUGCAGGAAACAAUUGGGCCAGUGGAUAUCAUCAGGGAGAGAAUGUUCAAGAAGACAUAAUGGACAUGAUUGACAGGGAGGCAGAUGGCAGUGACAGUCUUGAGGGUUUUGUUCUGUGUCAUUCAAUUGCUGGAGGAACUGGUUCAGGUAUGGGUUCCUAUUUGUUGGAGACUCUAAAUGAUCGCUACAGCAAGAAGCUGGUUCAGACAUACAGUGUGUUUCCCAACCAAAUGGAGACAAGUGAUGUUGUGGUCCAACCAUACAAUUCACUCUUGACACUUAAGCGGCUCACACUUAAUGCAGAUUGUGUUGUUGUUCUUGAUAACACUGCACUGAAUAGAAUUGCUGUAGAGCGCCUUCAUCUGUCAAACCCAACUUUUACUCAAACAAAUUCUUUAGUUUCUACUGUGAUGUCUGCUAGUACAACCACUCUUCGGUAUCCAGGAUACAUGAAUAAUGACUUGGUUGGUCUUCUUGCCUCUUUGAUUCCAACACCAAGAUGCCAUUUUCUGAUGACAGGAUAUACACCUUUGACAGUGGAACGCCAGGCUAAUGUAAUUCGUAAGACCACAGUGCUUGAUGUUAUGAGAAGACUUCUGCAGGCAAAGAAUAUUAUGGUCUCUUCAUAUGCUCGUACGAAAGAUGCUAGCCAAGCAAAAUAUAUAUCAAUUCUCAAUAUCAUUCAAGGAGAGGUCGAUCCAACUCAGGUUCACGAAAGUUUGCAGAGGAUACGUGAAAGAAAGCUUGUUAACUUUAUUGAGUGGGGUCCUGCAAGUAUUCAGGUUGCCCUUUCUAGAAAAUCACCCUAUGUUCAAACUGCACACAGGGUUAGCGGGCUUAUGCUGGCAAGCCAUACAAGCAUCCGGCACCUUUUUAGCAAGUGUUUGAGCCAAUAUGAGAAGUUGAGAAAGAAACAAGCAUUUCUUGACAACUACAGAAAGUUCCCUAUCUUUGCUGAUAAUGACCUGUCAGAAUUUGAUGAAUCAAGGGACGUAAUUGAGAGUUUGGUUGAUGAAUAUAAGGCCUGUGAAUCCCCGGAUUAUAUCAAAUGGGGAAUGGAGGACCCAAACAAUAUGCUAACCGGAGAAGGCAAUGCUUCAGGAGCACUAGAUCCAAAUCAGUAGCGUAAGAUGCCAGGCAUAAGGAAUCAAAUGAAGAGAAUUAUGUCGAGAUUUGGAAGGUGUUUUUUCGAGCUUUUGUAUCAGAUGGUUUGCUGCGUGAUACCCAUGGUUUGUACGAUUAACCAUUUGGACAUCCGCACAACCAAGACUGAGGACACAAUCUCACUGUAUUUACCCUUCAAGAGUGCUGAGGUUUGAUUGAUUGCUAGAAUGUAGAGAAUUAGGGAAUCCAAUUUAAUCAUUUGGAUUAUUCUACUUCUGCUUCCGAGUGAAUAUUAGGUUGUUCGAAUUCAGUAUAAGAAUAUAUUAACUUCUUUUCCCAUGUGGAGUGGUGUAAUACAUCGUCUGGUGUAUAUUUUAACUUGUACAACUCCCAUUAAUUGGCAUUUGUUUCCACAUGCAAUAGGCAAUUGCUUCACCAUAAUCGGUUGUGUUA